AUGCAUGACGAUACGGCACAGGAUCAUCCUCCAACUGCCGUGGAAACCUCGUCGUCAACGAAAGCCCCUUCCCAGUCCAGAUCCCGGGUCAAAUCGAACUUGAGUGCCGAACAGCUUCGCCAAAAGCGCAUCGUCGACCGCCGAGCACAGCAGGCUUUUCGUGACCGCAACAAGGAAAAUGUGCGUCGUCUAGAACAGGAGCUUGAUGAGUUGCGCGCAAAAUGGCAGUUACGGGAAAAUCGGCUCUUGCAGGAAGCGCAGCGUCUUCGCGAGCAAAAUGAAACACUCUUGCAGCGUUUACACAGCAUCGCUUCCAUUGCUACGACUGCUGCAGAUAUCCAUCACGCAUUCCCCAACGCACGUCAACAAGGGGAAAAGGAGGUCGAUGAUGCUCCCGCCGAGACCUUUUCGCCGAGCUCACCCGAUUUGACUGGUCAGACCAGACCAAAUGACCCGCUCCUUCAGUCGGAGCGCAAUGCUCUGCCUGCGUCUGUCUUUCAUAAUGAGUUUGUCACUCUGCCAGCAGACCGUGGCACUGCCGCUCGGUCUGGUUCGCCAAUGGCCUCCGACGUGACAGUUGUCCCACUUCUUCACUCAAGAAGUGUUACGUCUGACCCAGAGCGCACGAUAUCAAGACACCCUCAGAUCCUGGACGAGCAUAUAACGUCCUUUACAAUCAAUACGGCACCCGUCACUCCCGUUCCCAUGGAUGCAUCAGCUAGAGCCAGUCCUCUUCGCAACCCGGUCGAAUUGGUCAGCGCUAUCUUACCAGUGCACCUGCCUGCAACGUGCCCUCUGGACCACAUUCUACUUGGCUGUCUUCAGACUAGUCGAAACGCGCUUUCUGAUGGGGCUUCACCGGAGUUCGUGACUGGACCGCAGAGUGCAUCUGUGAGAGGCUUCUUUGAUGUCCAGCCUGACUCUUCUGUGCAUUCAAUCAGUAAAGUCAUGUGCGAGGUGAUGUUGACAUUUCCAUCGGUCGGCAAGGCAGAACAACUGGCUCUGUUCUAUCUGAUGCACCGAACAAUGAGGUGGAUGGUUGUCCCCGAACAGAAGAGUUAUAAAUCCAUGCCUGAAUGGCUGAGGCCGACUGUUACACAGAUCACUGUUCCUCACGCUGCAUGGAUUGACAAUGUUCCAUGGCCAGGGGUACGAGACAGGAUCGUUACGUAUCCUCAUGAUUAUCCUUAUCACCUAUGGACAGCGAACUUCACUCAGGCGGUUAAAGUACACUGGCCGCAUGAAUUGUCUGAUGCUUGUAUUGAAAGCGAUGGUGAUAUGGUCUUGCACUCCAUUUUUGAGAAGCACAUUCGCGAACUGAAGCAUUGGUCUGUAUCACCGCAGUUUGGCAAGGUCUUCCCUGAUCUCAUGCCAAUCAUGUUACCAAACUACCCUGCUGGGAUGACCUGA